AGCUGCGCACCUUCAUUGGAAAGAGAGGAUGGAUGCGCACUGAUGGAACAUUUAUUACUCUUAUUUUUAGUGUGAAGCUUUUUUUUUGCAGGACUUUUUUAUAAAAGUAAAAAUUGUAUUGAUAGUGAAUUUAGGUGCCAAAAUGGUUAGAAUAAGGUUAUUGUUGUUGUUAGUCUCUUUAGCAAGCCUGGUAGCUCCCACAAAUGCAAAGACAGUGAAGUAUCAGACAUUCGAGGAAGACGCCCCGGGCACAGUGAUUGGUAACUUAGCCAAGGAUGUCUCCUCCACCUCCUCCUCCUCUUCUUCCUCCGCUUAUUCCUCGACGGGCUCCCGGUCCAAUUUCAGGAUGAUGAAACAGUUCAACUCCUCUUUUAUCCGUCUGAGGGAGAGCGACGGGCAGCUGAGCAUCGGGGAGAGGAUCGACAGGGAGCGAAUCUGCAAACACACCCUGCAGUGUCUCAUCGCUUUCGAUGUGGUCAGUUUCUCCAAGGAGCAGUUCAAACUCAUUCACGUCGAGGUGGAAGUCAAGGACAUCAACGAUAACUCCCCGGAGUUUCCACGUAAAGAGUCCGGUAUGGAGAUCUCGGAAAACACCGCCGUCGGGACUCGGAUUCCUUUGGAUUUCGCCGUGGAUGAAGACGUCGGAGUGAAUUACAUCCAAAGCUAUCAGAUCUCAGUCAACAGUCACUUUUCCAUUGAUGUUCUCAGCAGAGCCGACGGGGUUAAAUAUGCGGAGCUGGUGCUCAUGAAGGAACUGGAUCGGGAGACACAGGGUUCUUACGCACUGGAGCUAGUCGCCAUGGAUGGUGGGAACCCGUCCCGAUCAGGAACAACCCGCGUCAACAUCAAAGUGAAAGAUUACAACGAUAACAGUCCUGUUUUUGACCGGAACAGCUUCUCCGUGGACUUGCCAGAAGACGCCCCAGUGGGGUCGUUACUGCUUGAUUUAAACGCGGAGGACCCGGACGAAGGUCUCAACGGCGAAGUGGUGUACGGUUUUGGGAACCAGGUUCCGUUAGAGAUCCGUCAACUCUUCAAAGUGGACAGAAAAAGCGGCCGUCUCACCUUGGAGAGGCCAAUUGACUUUGAAAGUAAGAACACAUACGAGUUUGACGUCCAGGCCGCCGACUUGGGUCCGAAUCCAAGUCCCGCCAUAUGUAAAAUUGUCGUCCAGGUCCAAGACGUUAACGACAACGCGCCGGAGAUCUCAAUCACGCCGAUGACAUCAAUCACUGCCGGUAUAGCAUACAUCACCGAAGCCGCGACGAAGGAGAGUUUUGUCGCUCUGGUCAGCACCUCGGACAGAGACUCUGGCGCUAACGGACAAGUCCACUGCACGCUUUACGGACAUGAUCACUUCCGACUGCAGCAAGCCUACGAAGAUAGCUUCAUGAUCGUUAGCACCAGUCCGCUAGACCGUGAGAAAAUCCCUGAAUAUAAUCUCACAGUUGUAGCCGAAGAUCUGGGCUCGCCUCCUUUCAGGACCAUCACACAGUACACCAUCCGACUCACGGAUGAGAACGACAACGCUCCGGUGUUCAGUAAGCCGUUAUACGAAGUCGCCGUAGUGGAGAACAACGCACCCGGCGCUUAUAUCACGACUGUCGUGGCACGGGACAUCGACACGGGUCCAAACGGGAAAGUAACAUAUAAACUAGCAGAUAGCUACUUUAUGGGCUCGCCUAUUUCCACUUUUGUGUCCUUGGACCCCGCAAGCGGGUCUCUUUACGCGUUGCGGAGCUUCAACUACGAGGUGACGAAACAUCUGGAGCUCCGUAUCUCAGCCAGCGACGGCGGAUCCCCGCCGCUUUCUGGUACUGCUAGCGUCUUUGUGAGAAUCGUAGACCAGAAUGACAACACACCCGUAAUCACUCACCCGGCGCUUAACAACGGCUCCGCCGAGGUGCUGCUACCUCGGGAUGCUCCGAGCGGUUACAUCAUAACGCGGGUGCAAGCCAGAGACGCAGACGAGGGCAUCAACUCGGAACUUUCCUUCGCGUUGACCACCGGCGAAACUUCCGUGUUCUCUGUCAACAAAAUCACAGGCGAGAUCUACCUGAACCAGGUCCUCAGUUACGACGUGGACGAAACCGUGAGUGUCGCCGUGACGGUGAGCGACAACGGCAGGCCGGCACUCACCUCAACGGCGACUUUGCACUUUCUCAUCAUCGCCGGCUCCCCGCCGAACGACCGCAAUGUGUACCAACCCGGCAACGGCGGUGGUGAGGUGACCUCGCAGUGGGACCUGUCGGUGGUGAUUAUCGUCGUCCUGGCGGGGAGCUGCACCCUCCUGCUGCUCGCCAUCAUCCUCAUCGCCACCACCUGUAAUCGCCACAGAGGGGACAAAAGCGGCGAGGAUAGCGACUCGUACGGGGAGAAAGGCACGCUGGAGCGAGGCAGGAACCACGUGGCGGGAAACCCGCUUCUACCUUUGCACGCGGCUACAGGAGAGGCGGGCUUUGAGGGGCACUCUUACAGCAGCCAGGCCGGGGGGUUCAACGCCACCCACGUCGGGGGUAGCGACAUGUGCUCGGCUUCGGAGGACGGCAGUGAGGUGCCAUGUGUUUAUGACUCGGACACAAACAGCAAACCUAGAGGGAAUAAACACGAGGGAUACUCAACUCUUCCCGGUUACGGGAACGGGAAAGAGGCUGUGAGGCCAAUCACCAUCUGGAAGGGGAACUCGUACACCACCAUUUCCGCCAGGGACCCCGCCUUCAGUGGGAAGGACAGCGGCAAGGGGGACAGUGACUUCAACGACAGCGACAGCGAUGUGAGCGGAGACACUGCAGGCUUGAAGAAAGAUGGCGCUGUUGCUCCAAUCGGGGCCCAAAAUGCUUUGUGGGCCUGCACCAGCGAGUGUAAAGUCCUGGGCCACUCGGAUCGCUGUUGGAGCCCGUCGGCGGUGAGAGCCAACGCGGCGCCGUCACCAGCUCCAACCGUCUCCUCCUUCAGCAGCCAAUCCAAGACGGCCUCCCUGCCCAGGGACCCACACCGCAGGGACAACUACUACCAAGCACACAUACCCAAAACAGUGGGGCUGCAGAGCGUGUAUGAAAAAGUACUACACAGGGAGUACGACUAUGUCAUGGUCACCCCUACUAGGCCCAUGAGGGUCCAGGAAGUGUGCAGUGAUGUCACCAUCCCGGUGUACACACCCACUCCGACGCACUGCAACGAUGACAACUGAAAAUUACACGCAAAUUAUAUUAUAUUCCAACAUAUUUAAUUUAUAAUCCACUGACAAUGAGAGUGGUGUAAAAAUAUUUGUGUGCAUAUACCUUCGUGUUUGUGCAUCUUUGUUUUUAACGUAUAAGCAAUUCAAUCACUUUUCUUCUUUGUUGGACAUGUAUUAUAUGCAAGUUUUGUACAUAAAGAGAUUUUAUAUUUUUAUAAAAGCCAUAAUUAAGCAGACAUGUAAAAGAAAUCUUUAAGCAUGCUUCUAUUUAAAUCUGCCCAGUCCUAUGAAUCAAGUUGAUAAAUAUGUAUGAAAUUAUUUGAAUGUAAUAUGUAAUUGUACAGAAUUUUUUUAUUAUCACAUUAUUGUGACAAGAAAUAAACUUUUGA